AUGAUGGGGAAACUCCCCCUGGGGGUUGUCUCCCCUUAUGUGAAGACGAGUUCGGGGGGCUGCUCGGACCCCCUGAAAUUCUACGCCACCAGCUACUGCACAGCCUACGGUCGGGAGGAGUUCAAGCCCCGAAUGGGCAGCCACAUAGGCACAGGCUACAAGUCCAAUUACCUGCCCCUGGUCUCAUACCAAGCCAAUCUCGAUGCCCUGGACAACCCAUCCAUGGGGGAACAAGUCCGGAACAAUUUCCAGACAGUGACCAAUCAGAGUUACCGCCCGUUGGAGGUGCCUGAUGGCAAGAACCCACUGCCCUGGAACAUGCACCAGACCUGCUCUGGCUAUGGGCGGGAGAAGCCCAACACAGGGCCCUCCACCAAGGAGGUCAAGAAGGUCCAUUUCGAUACCCAGGAGCAUGGGGCCCAGGCCAUCACAGGGCUGGAGCCCAAGGAGGUGCCCCUGCUCUACCAGCAGCAGGGCAAAGGCACCAUGGAGUGGGAGAAUGCUCGACAUGGCCCUCGAUUCAUGACAUCUGAGUACAACUCCAAGUAUCUCAAUGAGCCCUCCAACCAGCCAGAUCUCUUGCAGAAGAGAUCGAUUGGUGCCAAGGAGGAGACUGGCUUCACUGAAGAGUCCACCAAGAACCCCAUUGUCUUCAAGCCGCCCUCCCAGGUCCUCCCUGGGGACCCCACUCUUCUCCCGGGCAGGAGUGUUACUAAGUCAGACUUCCUUCCCAUGACCCAUGCUCAUGGAGAUGAGUUCCUACCUGGAUUGGCCAGAGGCUCUGAGCGUGAGACUGGCUUCAGCCGAGUGAAUGAAAAGAUCCUGAACCCCAGAGUGCCCCCUCCUUGCCCGGAACCCAGCAGGAUGAGCCACUGGCAAUUCCAGCCACCCCAGCGGAUGCAACAGACAAACGUUGCUAUGCUUGGCCGGGAGACCGUGGGGAAGAAAGAGCCCACUGGGUUCAGCCUAAACAACCCCAGCUAUGUCCGGAGCUCCUAUGACCCCGACAUGGAUAAUCAGUACCUGACCACCUACAACCAAACGUACUUCGAGAACAUUCCCAAGGGUCUAGACCGGGAAGGCUGGACUCGAGGUGGCAUCCAGCCCCAGAAGCCCGGAGGCUACGCCCUCAACCAGCCAGUCACUCGCAUGGAGCCCAUCCCCAACCCUACGGAGAGCCUGCAGCGCCUGCACCCACACGUGGGAAGAACCCUGACCUGCGUUGACCGCUUCUAUCGAGACACACCUCACAGCAGUCGCUUCACCCCGCCCAGCUGA